GUGACAAGUAGUCGCAGUAGCAGAAUUUGGAGAUGGCGGCGGCGGAAGAACUCGCCGUCUCCGAUCGGCCGUGCCUUCACAUGAUCUCCGCCUUUCUAGCGUUGGAACCGCCCGACAUCGUUAUCUCCUACGCCAGGGAACUUGGCGGCGGUUCCAUCACCGAGAGUGUACAGAGGUGCAUUUGGCUCCGAUGCAUCAGCAAAGCAGAUUUGAAGUUGCAGGGGCCUUUCCUGAAGAGAUUUCUGAAGAAGUUAAUCAAUGAAAUUGAAUCCAGUGGCGAGAUGGUGCUGGAUGAACUGUGCUCUAUUUGGCCUUCAAGCCUUUUCAUGUCAGAAUUUAUACUUUCUUUCCCUGAAAUAUUUGCAAAUAAGUGUUGUUUUGAGGUUGGUUCAGGGGUUGGAUUGGUCGGUAUCUGUCUUUCUUAUGUUAAAGCAUCCAAGGUGAUACUAACUGAUGGUGACUUUUCAACUUUAGCAAAUACGAAGGUCAACUUGGAACUGAACAACCUGACCACAGCAAAUCACACACCGGACUCUCGUUUACAUGAUAAAAUGGUCCAAUGUGUUUAUUUGCCUUGGGAAUCUGCCUCAGAAGAUGACAUCCAUUGCUUCGCCCCCCGACAUUAUGUCAUGUUGUUGCUCAUGGACGACUUUUUAGGGAGGAACGGCUCCCCUGUUGUGGUAUUGGACUUGGAUGGUUCUUGUUUAUUACUGGUUUCUUUCUGGGCGCAGUCCCCUGGUACAUAGGAGCUCUUUUACUGCUAUGUGUUCGUAUGGAUCACAGGGAGAAGCCUGGACUCGUUGCGUGUACCAUAGGUGCUAUUUUAGCUGCUCUUGCUGUUACUCUCGGUGUGACAAAGGUAAGCCAUUCCUGGUGAAGUAGCCGUGUUGUAUAUAUUCUCCAACAACUAAAGUCCUCAUCAGAGUUGGACACUGUUGAUUGUAUUUAUUUCUUAAAAAAGGGAUAUAAUUUUCUUUGUAGUAAUCACCUCCUAUUCCUGAAUGAUUGAUUAUCCAUGAAAUCAUAUACGUGUUCUAUUGUUUACUGCAA